CCUGUUCUUCCGGGAAAAUGGCGACUCCCGCUCAUUCGCCGGAGUCCCUGCCCGCCGCGGAUCCGGCGCCCGCAGCGGGAGCUGUCGCGGACGUCGAGUGCCCGCCGCCUCGCCAGCCUCAGCUCCCGCAGAAUGUCCUCGCUGCCUCGCGGCUUCGAGCCCCAACCUCCCGAGGACUUGGGUCAGCGGAGUUUGGCAGAGCUGCGGGAGACGUUGAAGCGCCAGGAGAGACUUUUGCGCAACGUAAAAUUCAUUUGCAAAUUGCCCGACAAAGGUAAAAAGAUCAUAGACUCUGUCGCCAAACUGAAAGCUGCCAUUGAAGAACAUGAAGAAGUUAGAGGGGGAAGUGACCUCUUUCAUCCCGUUAAUUUAGACUGUAAGUGGAGGACAAAAGCAAGUACAGUUGUUGAUGUGGCCACAGAUACGGCCCAGAAUUCUGACCAGAUACUUGAUACUUCAUCACUAGUUCCUGGCUGCUCCUCUAUAGCUACCAUCAUGUCAUCUCAGACAACCUCACAGCUGGGCCUGGUCCAUCCUACUCAUGGAGGCAAUGCAGAGGCACCUGAGCCCGAACACUCAGUGAGCAAGUGCCCACCUUCCAGCAGCAGAGCCGCUGUGCCUUCCUCAUCUGAAGCCAGUGAGCGACUCCCUCAGCAUCACAUUUCAAGUCAAGCAGAGGAUCAUUCUAGCAGCUCGGAGAACCUGUUUAUUGAAAGAUUGCAAAGGAUCACUAUUACAGACCCUGGUGAACAUCACUCAGAAGGAAACCCGAGUCUGGAGAACUUGACUGGCCUUUGGCGUGGGCCACAGAAGAAGCCUCAUUACAUGGAAGUGUUAGAAAUGCGAGCCAAAAAUCCUCUGCCCCUACCACAUAAAUUUAAAACCAAUGUAUUACCUUCACAACAGCAUGAUUCAGUAAGUCAUUGUCAGGGGAGAGGGUCCCCUAUAUCCUCAGAAGAGAGGCGGCGCCUGGAUAGGAAGCAUCUGGAUGACAUCACGGCAGCUCGGCUUCUGCCACUACACCACAUGCCCACACAGCUGCUCUCCAUAGAAGAGUCGUUGGCACUUCAGAAACAGCAGAAACAGAGUUAUGAGGAAAUGCAAGCCAAGCUCGCAGCCCAAAAAUUAGCUGAAAGACUGAAUAUUAAAAUGCAGAGCUAUAAUCCAGAAGGGGAGCCUUUGAGGAAAUACCGAGAAGUAAGGGAUGAAGAUGAUCAUCAGUCCUCUGACGAUGAAUGCUAAAGAUGGGACUUGGAUCGUCUACGAAGUCUCUGCCUGUUGAGAUCCCUUAUCUCACAUCAGCCUUUCUAACAAGUAUCAAGAUCAAUGUUGGAGCUCGUUGAAAGAAUUGCAACACAAAGUUACCCAAGGAAGCUAUAAAAACAGCCCACUUUCAGAAAAUAACUUUCAUGUGCUUGAAAAGUUUAAUAUUUGAAUAAUGUAUUUAAUCACAUUGUGUUCAAGUUUUGGCAGUGUGUCAUGAGUUAACUGGUCAGAUAUUUUAUCGAAUGGUAGAGCACGGUUUUUUUUUCCCUCUAAGCCAAAUGAAAGCUGGUGACUAACUGCCUUUUUCUUAUUCUUACCUCUUUCAGAUAGCAUUUAUUACAUGUCUUUUGGUGAAUUAUUUCGCUGUCCCAGGGAUUACCUAAAAUGAGUUACUAAAAUAGAGUUCCCUCCUUUUUUUUGCAUAAUGAAGGGAACAGUCUAGGGAAUUUUGUGUAUGUUUGCAUGGGGCUGUUGCAGAAUUGGAUGUGAAAUACCAGGGAAGACACAGAAAAUGCUUAAAUGUUUCCUUCUUCUGUCUUUGCUUAGGAAGAGUAUUUUUCUUCUGAUUAGGAAUAAGUGGUACUUAGUUGAUGGAGGGUGGAGAACCUUUCUAGAUGACCAGAUUUGCCUGGAUUAACAUGAGGUCAAGAAAAAGUCUAAGAUGACUGAUGUAGGUGAAAGGAAUAGUUGGCUUUGGCCUGAUUUGACUUCAUUUUUUUAAUAGAUGAUAGGUUCAAUUUGGUAAGAAACCGAAAACAUUUUUUAAAAGCUGCGAUUGGUUAUCAAUAUAUUGCUUCUCCCUCCCGUCACCAAAAGAGGCUUAUGUGGGCUGCAGAAACCUCAAUCUCAUAUGUCAUUUUAAAGGAUGAUGUGGUUGUCUCCAGAAAAAUCGACACCCGUGUUAGCCAAGAUUUCUUUGUCUAAUAUGUUAGCACCUUUAAACAGUGUGGAAAGAAUAAAAUCUUAAUCAGAGAAACUCCAAAA